AUGCUGUCCUGCCGCCUCCAGUGCGCGCUGGCCCUGCUCUCCAUCACCUUGGUGGUGAGCAGCGUCAGCGCUGCUCCCUCGGACCCGAGGCUCCGCCAGUUUCUGCAGAAGUCUCUGGCCGCCGCAGCAGGAAAACAGGAACUGGCCAAAUACUUUUUGGCAGAACUGCUGUCAGAACCCAGCCAGACAGAAAAUGAGGCUCUGGAGCCAGAGGAUUUGUCCAACGAUCCUGAACCAGACGAGAUGCGGAUGGAGCUUCAGAGAUCUGCUAAUUCAAACCCAGCCAUGGCACCCAGAGAACGCAAAGCUGGUUGCAAGAAUUUCUUCUGGAAGACAUUUACAUCCUGUUAG